CUCCCUUCAGUGGGACUUACCACUCAUAUAAAUACCCAGCACACAGCUCUGACUUCCACACUCUGCAGUUGGCUCUGGAAAGUUCAAAUCCUUGAUCAGGGAGAAAAUGUCCAGCCAAAUUGAGCACCCAGCUGGUGGAUACAAGAAGCUUUUUGAGACUGCGGAGGAAUUGGCUGCACCUGUAACUGCUCAUGUCACAGGCAGGAUUCCCAUAUGGCUUACAGGCAGUCUGCUUAGAUGUGGGCCUGGUUUAUUUGAAGUUGGUUCGGAACCAUUUUAUCAUUUGUUUGAUGGCCAAGCACUUCUUCAUAAAUUUGACUUUAAGGAGGGGCAUGUCACAUACCAUCGCAGGUUCAUUCGGACUGAUGCUUAUGUAAGAGCAAUGACUGAGAAAAGAAUUGUGAUAACUGAAUUUGGCACCUGUGCUUACCCUGAUCCAUGCAAGAACAUAUUUUCCAGGUUUUUUUCAUACUUCAGAGGUGUGGAGGUGACUGAUAAUGCCCUGGUCAAUGUGUACCCAGUGGGUGAAGAUUACUAUGCCUGCACGGAGACCAACUUUAUCACCAAGAUUAACCCAGAGACUUUGGAGACAAUCAAGCAGGUGGACCUUUGUAAAUAUAUUUCAAUCAAUGGCUUAACUGCUCACCCCCAUAUUGAAAAUGAUGGGACGGUUUAUAACAUCGGCAACUGCUUUGGAAAAAAUUUUGCAAUUGCCUACAAUAUUGUACGGAUCCCUCCACUGCAAGCAGACAAGAAAGAUCCAAUGAACAAGUCCGAUGUGGUUGUACAGUUUCCUUGCAGCGAUAGAUUUAAACCCUCCUAUGUGCACAGCUUUGGGCUGACUCCAAACUAUAUAGUGUUUGUGGAAACACCAGUGAAAAUUAACCUGCUCAAAUUCCUUUCUUCUUGGAGUCUGUGGGGAGCCAACUACAUGGAUUGCUUUGAGUCUAAUGAAACCAUGGGGGUCUGGCUUCAUGUAGCAGAUAAAAAAAAAGGAAAGUACCUUAAUAUCAAAUAUAGGACCUCAGCCUUUAACCUCUUCCAUCACAUUAACACCUAUGAAGACAAUGGAUUUCUUAUUGUGGAUCUCUGCACCUGGAAGGGGUUUGAAUUUGUUUACAAUUAUCUGUACUUAGCCAAUUUGCGGUCCAAUUGGGAAGAAGUGAAGAAACAUGCAGAAAAAGCUCCUCAGCCAGAAGCUCGCAGAUAUGUCCUUCCCUUAAACAUUGACAAGGCCGACACGGGUAAGAAUUUAGUCACCUUGCCCUACACAACAGCAACUGCAACUCUGCACAGUGAUGAAACAAUCUGGCUAGAACCAGAGAUUCUUUUCUCUGGGGCUCGUCAAGCCUUUGAGUUUCCACAAAUCAAUUAUAAGAAAUAUGCUGGAAAACCCUAUACAUAUACAUAUGGCCUCGGAUUGAAUCACUUUGUUCCAGACAGGCUUUGUAAGCUGAAUGUUAAAACGAAAGAGACUUGGGUGUGGCAGGAACCAGAUUCAUACCCAUCAGAGCCUAUCUUUGUUUCACAUCCAGACGCCCUGGAAGAGGACGAUGGUGUCGUUCUGAGUGUGAUUGUUAACCCUGGAGCAGGACAGAAGCCUGCCUAUCUACUGAUACUGAAUGCAAAGGAUAUGAGUGAAGUUGCCAGGGCUGAAGUGGAGAUGAAUAUUCCUGUUACCUUCCAUGGAAUGUUCAUAAGAUCAUGAUGAUUCUCUUCAGUGCACUUAUUGUAAUUUGCUUUUUUGACUUUGAAAAGAUACAUUUCUAGUUAGAAUAUUUGAGUUUUUGUAUGUUCCUUCAGUGUCUUUGAUUUGUAAAACUCAUUAAGACUGGGAAUUUCAUUUUUCUUGAUGUUUGCGGUACUACUGUUUUGUAGCUGUAUUGGUCCCUGAAUUUAGAGAGACAUAGUGGACUACAUAAUAUCUUUCAUUGGACAAUCUUCUGUCAGCGAAAGAGACAAGCUUUUGAGCUGCACAGUGCUCUUUAGGUCUGGGAAAGGUGCUCGGAGUGUCUCGGACCUAAAGAAAAGUGCUGUGCAGCUUGAAAACUUGACUACCAACAGAAGUUGGUCCAAUAAAAGAUAUUACCUCCAUCUCUCACUUUUCUUGAUGGUCACUUAAGUAUUCUCUCAUCAGAUUUUUCAGCCUUGCAAAAUCAUUGACAGGAUUUUAAAACAAGCAGCAUUGAGCAUUUUAAAACUUUAAAGAAAGGCUCUUUACAGAGUUAAACUUUGAGGCAGAGAUGCACUUGAAACAGUACUGUGUGAAAUUCAGUGUGUUGUAGAGUCAAACAUCAGUGGAACAGCUCAAGAGUGUCUUCUAAUGACUGCUUUAUGAGGCUAUUUUAUCCUGUAUAAAAAUGUAUUGAUUAAAUUCCAGUUCACUGUA